GGAGGGAGGGAGGGAGGGAGGGAGGAAAAGAAAGCAUCUUUGAGAUGGAAAGCAGAGGGAAAAGCGUGGAGAGAGAGGGAAAAGAGCAGGGACUGGUGUUGAAAAAGUGGAAACAAGGUGUCGCCUUGGGGAAAAGAGGAGGCCCUAGCACGCCACCGCCCACAUGGAGGCUUGAGCUCUCUCCCUCUCAACCUCAGACUCACUCCAUCCAAGAAUUCCUCACACCCCUUCCACACCCAUCAGCACUCUCUGCUAGGAAGCUUUGCGCUUGUCUCUGGGAAAUUGAGCCCCACCAGACCGUCCAUUUUGCUAGAAUGAUGAGCAAAAGCAAAAGCAGGCAUCGGCAACAUAAGCACCACCAUGACCUGGGCUUUGAGGACUUCGUCCUUCCUAGCACUGUAAAACCUGAAGAGCCAGCGACUGCAGGCUGUCUCACAGAGCAAAUUGCAGCAUCGCCCAUACAACGACAUAACUAUGGUGGGACUGAUCAUGCUUUCGAGUCUGCCACUCCAGAAACUUGUAGUGGGUCGAUGGAGGUGGCACCGUAUAAGCCUCCUCCCAGAGGUUCGUUUGAUGGAAAGGGAAGAGUAGGUGGGUCGGGUUAUAGCCUUCAGACAUCGACAGAAUUACUGAAGGUGCUCAAUCGGAUCUGGAGUCUUGAAGAGCAGCAUGUGUCCGACAAAUCAAUGUUGAAAGCUCUGAAAUCAGAACUGCAUCAAUCUCACUCCAGAAUUAAGGAGUUGGUUUGGGAGAAGCAAAAGGAUAGUCGAAUAAUGGAUGAUUUGAUGAAGGAACUUGCGGAGGACAAAUACGAUAGGAAGCAAAUGGAACAAGAGAGAAUUGCUGAAGCUGAAUUGCUGAGGGAAGAGACGGAGAAAGAGAGAAAGCUGAGAAAGCGUUCAGAAAGCCUGCACAGGAAGCUGGCCAAAGAGCUUUCUGAACUUAAGUCUCCUUACUCGACUGCUCUGAGAGAGCUUGAAAGAGAGAAGAAAGCACGGGUUUUGCUGGAAAAUCUUUGUGACGAGUUUGCUAAAGGAAUAAGAGACUAUGAACAGGUGGUGAGGUCUCUAAAGCACGGGCCCAUAAAAGAAAGCGUUGUUAGGGAAAGCCUCGAUCGCCUGAUUCUCCACAUCUCAGAAGCGUGGCUUGACGAGCGUUUACAAAUGAAGCUGGCAGAAUCUCAUGAUGAUGUCGCUGGAAAGGACACUGUUGUGGACAAAUUAAGUUCUGAUAUAGAAAGUUUUCUUCAAACUAAGCGAUCGGCUGAAUCAAGUAAAAAUGGUGAGAUCUCCUGGAAUGACACGAAAGAAAGGUGCUUUCGCCGGCCUUCUUUGGAAUCAUUUGCUCUAAAAGACGGUGGAAGUGCACCUCCAGUGGCGCAUGAUGAUGACCGUUCUUUUGAUAGCGAUCUGCAAUGUUUCGAACAAAGUAAUAAAGUGGAUGCUCAAGAAAAUAAAGACAGCUGUAAACGAAAUGGUGCUAACGCGUCACAUGGCCAUCUUGAUGAUCUAGUAAGAUCGAGGUCCUCAGACAAAGACAUGAGGCGUUGUGAAAUCGCGAAGUCCUGCAAUCCGUCCACUCCGCCAGAAGCAUGCAUCAACGGUGGAACUGGGGAAAACGUAAAGAUGGGAGAGGAAAACCGAUCAGGACCAAAUAAUAUGGAGACAUUUGAGAUGGGCACGAAUGCUGGAGACUGCCAGCAGGGAGAACAUCGUGGAUCGGAUGCAAAUGGUUCUUUUGAUCAUAUGAUUAGAAGUCACUCAUUGCGUCUGAAAAGCGCUAGGACUCGUCCUGCGAGCAACUCACGGGAUGGACAUCGUGGUUUGCCUGGAUACACAGGUCAGAUAAGUCCAGUGCAGAAGUGGCCAUCAAAAGUGCCUUUAAGGGAGCCUGGCAAAAUCACGUCAUCUUUAAGAUGGCCGAAAGGGUUGAAGGAAAACACAUUGAUGGCGAAACUGCUCGAAGCACGGAUAGAGGGUCAGCAUUCCCGUUCGAAGGCUCACAGAGAUGCUGCUUAGGUUGAUGGUACUUGUAAAUUGUACUUACAAGUGACAGGCUUCAUAGCCUAGAGAGUAUGGUAUUAAAAUGAUCAUCAAUGUUGAAUCUACUUUCUCCAUGGAGUUUUCGUCUAGACAGUUAACAGCGGCUUAGAAUGUUAAAGCUUGUAGAGCAAUAGCGGGACUGAAUUUGUAUCAAUAGCAAAACGGAGCGAUGAACAUCUUGCACUGGCAAGAUCGGCUACAGGAGCGCUUCGAUUGGAGGGUCUUUAUGCUUGAUUCUGCGAUUGCAGGGCAGUGAACAUGAAAAGAUAGACAAUCAGAUGCUUCCCUUUGAUUAAUUUACAGGAAAGAAGAGAAUCAUCAGUUUCUGCUAUUGAUGCCAGACACGUCUAUUAAAGAUUAUGCUAGAGCAACUUUCUAGGGUGAAUUAUUAGGCAGGAUGAGAACAUGCUCAGCUCACCUGUGAUGUGGAUUUUGUUCUUGUGAUACCAAUUAUAUGAGUUCAGAGAGUUAAAAUAA